AUGGGAGUAAAGCAACUCUGGAAGCUCCUUUCGCCAGUCGGCAGACCUGUUUUACUAGAGACGAUGGAGGGAAAAGCGCUCGCCAUAGACUCUAGCAUUUGGAUAUACCAGUUUCAGGCUACCAUGCGCGACAAAGAAGGCAGGGGACUCGUCAAUGCGCACCUCCUCGGCUUCCUGAGACGUAUCUGCAAACUUUUAUUCUACGGAAUCAAGCCCGUCUUUGUGUUUGAUGGUGGCGCUCCAGCGCUCAAGCGGUCGACGAUUGUUGAACGAAAACGACGCAAAGCCGGAGCUGCCAUCAGUCAUGCAAAGGUUGCGGAGCGUCUGCUAGCCGCUCAACUGCGAAGAGAGGCGAUCGGUCACGUCAAGAAGCGACAGCCGAUUGCAUCAACGUCCAACAACGGACCUGUAUCAAGUUCGACAGGCAUCUUAAACGAGGACACAGUCUACAUGGAGGAUCUUUUACCGCCUGUCGCACCAUCUCCGAAGAAAAUCAAAUCACUCGAAACCAACUCUGAAACGUCAGGGCCUCCAGCAUCACCCAAAAAGUAUGAAUGGAGGGACCAUGACCCGUACAAGCUGCCUGCAGUCGACAUGGCCGCCAAAAUUGCCGAUGCGACACGAGUAAUUAACGAAGACGGUGGCUUGAACAGGGUGGAUCCACGGUUGGCCACGGAAGAUGAGCUUCGUCAAUUCAUUGAGACGAUGCGACCGGAGGAUUUCGAUGCGACAUCUCCUGCAUUCCGUGAACUUCCUACAGAAGUUCAAUAUGAGAUCAUCGGAGACCUUCGACUCAAGUCCCGCCAGACUUCCCAUACUCGCUUGCAAAAGAUGCUCCAAAACUCUAGGACUGCCAUGGACUUUUCAAAAGCUCAAAUACGAGGUCUCCACGACAGGAACCGACUCACUCAGCAGCUACUAAUGACCACGAACUCUAUGGGGAAAGAAAUCGAUCAUCAUAUCAUGAUUCAAGUUCGUGUAGCCGCCGAAAGGAAUCGAGAGUAUGUCCUGAUCAAAAAUACUGGUCCUGAGGGGGGCUGGAGCCUCGGGAUCCAGGAUCAAGGCACCAAAGAAAAGCCAAUCCAAGUUCAACCAGACAGCGAUGAUGAGGAAGACAUGGAGGAGGUGCCGAUCAACGAGCCUGCGCUCCAUUAUCCGGUUGCAUUUGAUCAACGACGCAUGGCCCUCGCCUCAAUAGGCAAAUCCAACGUUUCACCUUCUACGACUAGAAUAUAUUCUCGAUACUCUACCCAAGAGUCGCGUCCCAACCCGCAGCAAGAACAAAAGCCGCUAUUUGCGCCUAGCGAAGAGGGUGAUAGCGACCACCUUGACGAUUCUGAUUCUGGCCUUGACGAGGCGAUUCGGGAGUCAUGGAAGGAACAAGAAGAGCGCGAUCUUCAGCAAGCGCUUGUCGCAUCUCGUAGAAUGAUCGAGAUGGACGAAAAACAAUCUACUGGAGCUGGUUCAUCUCGUGUCAUUAUCUCGCAGGAAAGGUUAGAUUCUUCGGAUACGAGGGAAGAUUUCGAAUCACCUAUUGUGCCGGAAGACAUUUUCGGUUCUAAUGAACUGGUCACACCGCGACCUACAGAGGUUGAUACAGCUAUAAGGAACUUGGAAGCAGAAGCCACCUUGGAGCCCGAACUACCAUCAUCACUCGAAGUACGCUCAGCCUUUGAUGUUUCCGACUUCUUUGGCGACCCGGAAGGCCCCUCGGGUUCCCUCACCAUACCGAAACCUAUACAACCUCCCAUCAGCACACAUUCAGCUACAUCUGUUGCACCUCCGGUCAUCCGGCCCACGGUAUUGAAGACCGAGAUUCAUCAGACUGUCGAUACUCAUACGUCUCUUGUUCAACCGUCCGCACCAAUGGACAUUGAGGAGGAUGACGAUGACGACAUGGUCGAGGAAGAUUUAGGCUUUGAAAGGAUACGCAAUUCCCACAAACCUGCAGUUGCUUCUCCUAAAAUGAGACGUGGGUCGGAAAGAGAGAAUCCCGCUACGUCAGAGCGCGGUCACGAGGAGGAAAUGGACGAGGAGCCAUAUAUAGGGUGGUCGAGAUCACCAUCCCCAGCCAAUCGACAGGACAGGUUUAACAUGCCCUCCGUUGUGAAUGGGGGUGAAGUCGAUGAGCCCGCCACAAAGAAUGAGGACGAUGACUGGGAUGCAGCACAAGAGAUGAAUCCCGCAGAAGAGGAAGGCGAUUUUGCACAAUUUUUGUCCCAAGUCAAGGGUAGAGAUCUCGAUACCGUGCGGGAGGAGAUCGAUCAGGAAAUCAAGCAGCUCAACCAGGCACGCAAGGUUCUACAGAGAGACUCUGAGGAGAUUACUCAGCAAAUGGUAUCUCAAAUUAUGAUGCUUCUACGUCUCUUCGGGAUACCCUACAUAACAGCACCGAUGGAAGCAGAGGCACAAUGCGCGAAGCUACUCUCCUUGGGACUGGUAGAAGGCGUUAUUACCGACGACUCGGACGUAUUUCUUUUCGGUGCGACACGAGUAUUCAAGAACAUGUUCAACCAGUCCAAAACCGUCGAAUGCUUUCUGGCCGCGGAUCUUCAACGCGAGUUGGGCCUUGAUCAAGAGAAAUUAAUCCGCCUGGCAUACCUCCUUGGCAGUGACUACGUGGACGGCUUAGAAGGGGUCGGACCCGUCGUCGCGAUGGAGAUACUCAACGAGUUUGAAACAGCGGGCAAACAAGAGGAUAGUUUACUUCGGUUCAAGGAGUGGUGGCGCAGAGUCCAGAGCGGGCAAGAUACCGAAAAUGACACUGGCACAGAGUUUCGGAAGAGAUUUAAGAAGAAAUUCAAAAAUCUGCAUCUCGCCGGGGACUGGCCCAAUCCGGCUGUGAGAGAUGCAUAUUUACAUCCGACUGUUGACGAGUCUGAGGAAGCGUUCAAAUGGGGCCUUCCAGAUUUGGAUGCUCUUCGAACAUUUCUUCAUGAGGAACUACAUUGGGUCCAGGCUAAGACAGACGAGCUGCUCCUUCCUAUCAUACGCAAGAUGGGUGAGCGUGGUAGAAAUCCUGUAACUGGGAGACAAGGUACUUUGACUGGGUACUUUGAUCAAAGCGGAGGAUUUGGUUCUGGGACUCUUGCCCCUCGCAAAAGGCAGCAGUUUGCCUCGAAACGCUUGCAACAGGUCGUGAGCGACUACAGGAAGAAGCAGGAUCGAAGUGUUUCAACAUCUGACUCGGAAGUGGCCCUACACAAGCAGAAUUUGGCCAAUCUUCCAAAACCCCGGGGUGGCAAAAGAACGAAAUCAGAUGCCACUAUAGGAAGGCCUCAAAAGAGGAGAAGGACAAUCAGGGCUGAGGAUCAUGAAGAUGUUGCGACCGAGAGUGGAGGUGACGAUGGGCAUAUGGACAAAGGAGUGAGUGCACCCAUCCCAGAUCGCCCCCUUGCCGUCACUUUGAGGACAAGGAAAGGAAAGGCCAGGAUUCUAGAAGAUAGCGAUGCCUCUUCGUAG